UGCAACCUGUAUUUCACGCCUUCAAUGGUGGAAAUGUUGAAUCGGAAUUACGAGGGAGACGGCCCAUCGUAGGUUGUCCAACAACGGAGAAGGUGUGAAGAAAGUAUACGGUAGAACAGAGUCAUGACGAGUGCAUGUGGCCGUAGCACAGGAACAUUCAAACACUUGCGCAGUUGGCACGAAGAACGGGUUCAACGAGCGAUGGAGUGAAAGUCGUCGUUCUCAGCCGAAUGCAAAUUUCCAGGAGAGACCGCAGCAUCUAGCAGCGAUAAUUAAGAAACUCUCUCAAAUUGCCGGUUCAGAACGACGAUGGAACCUCCACCCUCCGAAACGGAACUAGUUGCAGUCGGGAGCCGAGUUUGGCGCAAGGCAUGGCCACGGGCAGACGACGACCAUGGUCGAAACUCUGAUUGCCUUGACCACACGGCUCUGCCCAUGGAGUGUGACGAAGAGUGAAAGAUUUACCAUGUCCCGACUAUUUAUGCUAAAUUUAGCGAAAGUAAAAAGAAACUACUAAACUGAUACUCACGCAGGAAGCUAAAGCCCCAAACCCGAAGAGAAAAAUCGUGUGCUGUUUGUUUGUGUGGGCGGGUGUAGCAUAAAGACUCUCUCUCUCGAGCGAGUUUGCUGUGUCUGCUGAAUGAAGAUCGUUGUUGUCGUAGGAGCGGAGUUGAGGGAAGAAGAAUAAAAGUUGGUGGAAGGGAUCUGUCCGUUGAUAAAAUUUUCGAGGGGAAUUUUGUUGCAGGUUAAGUUUGGUAGUUGAGUCGGCGGCCAGGAGUGUUCUAAUGGGGUCGAACCAUUGGCUGGAGGUCGAGUCCAUGGAGUCCAAUGGGAAGGCGCAAGAACGCAAGCAGCGUUGGAUUUUGGUGACGGGAGGCGCUGGCUACAUCGGUGCUCAUACUGUCUUGCAAUUGCUGGUAGAGGGAUACUCUGUGUUGAUUAUUGACAAUUUGGAUAACUCGUGUGAAGAGGCUGUGCAUCGUGUGCGCAAGCUAGCAGGCGAAUGUGGGGAGAAUUUGAAGUUCUUCGAGCCCCGCGGAGAGGACGUUCUUGUUGUUAUUUGCCCAAGUCUUUGUCUGGGGGACCUGUGCAAGGUGGACGACAUACAGAAGGUGUUCAAGCUUUACAGGUUUGAGGCUGUCAUUCACUUCGCGGGUCUGAAGGCUGUGGGAGAAAGUGUGUCUAAGCCUUUACGUUACUACAGCAACAAUUUAGUUAGCACCAUAAAUCUUAUGGAAGUUAUGUCUAAGAAUAACUGCAAAAACCUUGUAUUCUCAUCCUCAGCAACAGUGUACGGACAACCAGAGAGCGUGCCUUGCACAGAGGACUAUCCACUUCAUGUCACGAAUCCCUAUGGUCGCACUAAGCUUAUUAAUGAAGACAUUAUGCGUGAUGUUCAUCAUGCGGACCCAGAAUGGAAGAUUGUGCUGUUACGGUACUUCAAUCCUGUAGGAUCCCAUCCGAGUGGUGAAAUUGGUGAAGAUCCUAUGGAUUAUCCGAACAACUUAAUGCCUUUCGUACAGCAGGUCGCAGUGGGUCGUAAAGAAGUACUUACUGUGUUUGGCCAAGACUACCCAACCCGUGAUGGAACUGGGAUUCGAGAUUACAUUCAUGUCAUGGAUCUGGCUAGCGGCCAUACCAAGGCUUUGGACAAACUCUUUACCACUCCUGACAUAGGAUGUGCAGUUUACAAUUUGGGAACAGGGAAAGGCACUACUGUGCUUGAGAUGGUGGCAGCGUUUGUAAAAGCUUCUGGAAAGGAAAUUCCAUUGAAAUAUGCUGGUCGUCGUCCUGGUGAUUGUAGGGAGGUUUAUGCUGCCACCGAGAAAGCCGAAAAGGAGCUUGGUUGGAGAGCUAAGUUUGGCAUUGCGGAUAUGUGCCGUGAUCAAUGGAAUUGGGCAAAAAAGAAUCCGUAUGGAUACCGAGGCCAUCAAGAACUCGAGGUCCACGCACAGAAAUUUAUAAAGUCGGAACCCUUAAGUAAUCGACACUGGGCACUGUAACGAUGGCCACCUGUGUGCAAAGAGUCGCACGGUGACAUGAAGACACAUCUUUAAUGCAUAUAUUAAAAAGCUGCGAUUCAAUUAUUACAUCUUUUCAUUCUUUUCCAUUAAACACACAGAUGCCUUCGUUAUAGUUUGAUAGCCAAAGAAUACACAGGAUUCAUACCUAAGUUUGAGGGCAAAUUAUGAAUACAUUGAACCUUGGUUCUAUAGAACGAAGAUACCUAGUCUCAGAUUUCAUUGGUGUAGUAAUUGAACUUGUGAAUGCAUAUAAUUAUAUGCUUCAGAGGAGUUUUAGUCAGGGGUUUACCAUUCUACUCUAACUAGGAGAUACUGGUUAGGACGACACCUCAUAUGUUCAGCAUCAAGCAUUCCUUUCUUUGUACAUAAAAAGAUCAUCUGGAUCGGGAUGGCAGCUUUGUGGAUUCCAGUAUGAUCAUAAUAAUUCAUGUGCAACUCGAUACUCUUAC